UGACUGGAAAACAAGAUUUGCUGAUGCUCAUUCCCUCUACUACCCCCCUUCUCUCGACGGGGUGUUUCGGUGGUGUCCCACUUUCAUGGACUAAUGGGUCGUAUGCUCUGGUAACCGGUACGAUGCAAUUGGACAAGAUAGUCGGCUGGGUGGUCAUGCGCGCGAGGAAGCUCGCUGCCCUUAUCUCAUGCGACAACUCGGGCGAUUCUCCAUCCCAACAUUCAAAUUAUGCCACCGCGACGUCGUCUGGGGCUGCUCGUUAUGAUGCCGCGCGGUCGUGUGAAGCGACUCGCGUAGCGUUGGAGUCGCAACUGCUCAUUCCGUCGAACAGGCCUGCUGUUCUGACGGGGGAAGGUCUUUCGACUCGUCCGACGCCCAGGACCUACUACCGCCCACACACCUAUAACCAUGGUGCAAUUCUUCCUAUAGCCCAUCACGCUGCAGAAUGCCCUUUGCAAGAGACUCGUUUGCCAACACCGACGACACGCUAUGCUUCCGGAACGAUGCCAUACUACCAGGGACUAUACGGAACGCAUGCUUCCCUCUCCCCUGCUCCAACGACAAGCCAUCCGUUACCUCUUAUCAUAGCCUCCCCUCUCGAAGCGCCGACAGCAACUAUAGCGAGCCCAUACCCUUGCGUGUCUCCCCCACUUCCCUCAAUCCCAUUCACAUUCAAUCCAACCGUCAUGUCUGUGUCUCAAUCGAAUGCACCUCUCGCCCCAGUCUACGACCUUCAGACAGCUACUGCAAGUCCAUUUCAGAUAUCCAGCAUAACUGCUCCUUCCCCAUCCUCAUCGGUAACUGAAGACAAAGAGCAACCGCUGAAGAAGAAGCGACGCCUGAUUCCGCUCACUUCCGAGGAGUACUACGAGGCGGACGGCCGUUACUUCUGCAGGCUCUGUCAAACACGCCAGAGUACACACGUCACGAGCCGGUAUGGGGACAUGUACCGGCAUAUCCGUGAAUCAGGUCAGCACGAUGGAGAGUUCGAGGCGGUGUCGUGUACUGAGUUCGAGUGCCUUUGUGUGACGCCCGUCAAGCGAAGGCGUGACUCGGUCAAGCGUCAUGCGUUGGGGUAUGCGCUCACCCAAUUGAAGGAUGCUCAUCGAAAGAACGAUCAUCCACAGGCCGCAAGAUGUAGGGCGUAUGCGCUCAAAGGAGUGAGCAAGGGCUGGUGGAAGAGGAGCAUGCUCGAUAAGCAGCUCCUUCAGAGAAAGAUGUCUCUUUGAU